ACAAAAUGGACAUGGGUAGCAAAGAGGUACUGAUGGAGAGCCCACCGGAUUACUCGGCAGGUCCCAGGAGCCAGUUUCGCAUUCCCUGCUGCCCCGUGCAUCUCAAACGCCUUCUCAUCGUGGUUGUGGUGGUAGUCCUUGUCGUCGUGGUGAUUGUAGGGGCUCUGCUCAUGGGCCUUCACAUGAGUCAGAAACAUACUGAGAUGGUCCUUGAGAUGAGCAUUGGAGGAGCACCGGAAACUCAGAAACGCCUCGCCCUGAGUGAACACACAGACACCAUUGCUACCUUCUCUAUUGGCUCCACUGGCAUCGUUCUAUAUGACUACCAGCGGCUCCUGACCGCCUAUAAGCCAGCUCCAGGAACCUACUGCUACAUCAUGAAGAUGGCUCCAGAGAGCAUCCCUAGUCUUGAGGCUUUGGCUAGAAAAUUCAAGAACUUCCAGGCCAAGCCCUCCACACCCACCUCUAAGUUGGGCCAGGAAGAAGGGCACAGUGCUGGAUCUGAUUCUGAUUCUUCUGGGCGAGACCUGGCUUUCCUGGGCCUUGCUGUGAGCACCUUGUGUGGAGAGCUACCACUGUACUAUAUCUAGCACCCCUCAGGGUGCAGAAACCGCUGCGGGACAGGAAAGACCCUCCGCAAAGGGUCUUUGGCAGAUAAGCAGGAAGCUGCUCCUGUCCAUACUCUACAGAAGAGGGUGGAAACCUGUGGAGGAAAGGUGUCUCCUACAGCCUCGGGAAUCCUACUACAAAAGAAUAAAGCAGCCCUAUUGAAAAA